AUGCCUUCAUAUGCUAAAUUCCUUAAAGAGAUUCUAUCCAACAAGAAAAAGCUUGAGGAUGACGAAAUCGUUAUGCUUAUUGCCGAGUGUAGCGCCAUUAUUCAAAAUAAUAUGCCUCAUAAACUGAAAGACCCAAAUAACUUUUCCAUACCAUGUGUAAUCGAAAAGUUUAUCAUAGACAAAACUCUAUGCGAUUUAGGAGCGAUUGUUAGUAUGCUAGAGAACAUUCCCGUUCGUAUAGGACAAUUCUAUAUUCCAACCGAAUUUGUAAUAAUGGAUAUAAAGGAGGAUUCCCACAUCCCUAUUAUUUUAGGAAGACCCUUUUUAGCCACAGCCGGAGCCAUCAUAGAUGUGAAGAAAGGUAGGCUAACAUUCAAAGUUGGAGAAGAAAAAGUUGAAUUUCUCUUAGCUAAAUUUCUACAAGCACCAACUAUAGACGACUCAUGUUGUUUCUUAGACGUCAUCGACGAAUGUGUGAAAGAAGUGGAGAAGGAACCAUCUAAGUAUACUGAAGUACUGAAGAUUCCAACACCUCCUAUAUUCAAAGAUGAUAAUUGGCGUGAGCCAUACGUAGAUGACGGUCUGAGAGAAUGUCUAGCACUAACACCAUAUCCAAUGUCAUGCCCCAAGAAACCUUCAAUAGAACGCAAAACAUUACCCAAAUAUUCAAGGUAUGAAAUCCUAGGUAUCGAGCUUGAAAGACCAGUUAUAGUCAAUGCUGACUUAGGAUAG